AUGAGAUUAAAGAGGUUCGCACCAUCACUAGCACACACUGAAGAAAAACAGACAGAAAAAUUUGUGUUGGAGUUGAACCCGAAGACCCGCCUCAUGUUGGAGGCAUUUAACCCGAAAACUUACGAAGAGGCCCUGAGGACGGCCAAGGCCCUCGAGGAACCUCCAGAGGAGAAAAACUCGGAGCCAACGGCAUUCGUAGGAAAGAAACGUCCCGUUGAGGCGAACCCAAGAAAUUCCAACUGCCACUCAAGAGACCUCGACAUCAAGACGAACGACCUGCUCCGCCUCCAAUAUAUGGCAGGCUCGAGGGUAUGUUACACGUGCGGUCGUGCAGGUCACACGGCCCAAUUUUGUAUUGGAACGGACGCGAGAAACCUAAGGGGACCCCCUAGAGGAGUGGUUAUUCGAGUACCCACCACGCAAACCCGUGCACAGACCAGGGCAUAUGCAACGACCAGUAAAGAGGCGGGAACGUCUGGCACCGUGGUGACAGGUUCUACCCAUUCAUUUGUUUCUUUGCCAUUUGUUAGUCAAGCAGGGUCCGUAGUAGAGCCCUUGAUGAAUGUAUUGUCGGUCGGUACCCCAGCAAGAGUAGACCUGGUUACUGAAAAUAGAGUAAAAGACAGACAAGUGGUAAUAGUUGGACGAACCAUCCAAGUAGACCUAAAAGUAGUAGAUAUGACGGAUUUUGAUGUCAUACUAGGAAUGGACAGGCUAGCCGAAAACUUUGCUAGCAUGGACUACCAUAAGAAAGAGUCCUAUAUAGUGUUAUUAGGAUCUCACUCACAUGGGUUAGAGGUAUCAGCAGUAGAUCUUCAAAGAGUGGUCGAUUCCCAUCACAAAUUGCUCGGAUCCUUGUUGGGGAGUUCUGAAAAGGCCAAAGAUGCCAUUUUUCACUCAUAUAAGAACCAUAUAAAUGGGUUUGCAGCAAUUCUAGAGGAGGAGGAGGCCACCAAGCUUGCAAAGCACCCAGAAGUAGCAGCAGUGUUGCCAAACAAAGCCAAAGAGUUACACACAACUCAUUCAUGGGAGUUCAUGCAUUUGGAGAAGAAUGGUGUUGUUCUCCCUUUUUCUCCUUGGAGGAAGGCUAGAUUUGGAAGAGAUGUUAUUAUUGCCAAUCUCGACACCGGUGUAUGGCCGGAGUCCAAGAGUUUUGGAGAACAGGGCAUAGUUGGAGGUGUGCCAUCGAGGUGGAAAGGAGGCUGCAUGGAUAAAACCCCUGAUGCAGUGCCUUGUAACAGGAAAUUAAUCGGAGCAAAGUAUUUCAAUCAGGGACUAAUCGCGUACUUGAAAUCCCACAAUUUAACAGAUGAACUCUCAUUGAUCGUCAACUCUACACGCGACUACGUAGGUCAUGGAACCCACACGCUAUCGACGGCCGGCGGCAGCUAUGUCUCCGGCGUCAGCGUAUUUGGGUCCGGUAUCGGGACUGCCAAGGGCGGCUCUCCCAAGGCCCGCGUCGCUGCCUAUAAGGUCUGCUGGCCGUUCCAUAACAGCGGCGGCUGCUACGACAUCGACGUUGUUGACGGAUUUGAUCAAGCGAUCCACGACGGCGUCGAUGUCCUUUCGCUUUCCAUCGGCAGUCCACCAGCCGAAUACUAUGAUGAUACCAUCGCCAUUGCUUCCUUUCUUGCAAUCAAGAAAGGAAUCCCCGUGGUGUGCUCUGCCGGCAACUCCGGCCCGAGCAUGGCGAGUGCUUCUAAUAUUGCUCCAUGGAUUUUGACGGUUGGGGCUAGCACUUUGGACCGUGAAUUUCAAGCCCCCAUUGAACUUGGAAACGGGCAACGCUUCUGGGGGUCAAGCCUUUCGAGACCAUUAGCAAGAAGAAAGCUAUACCCAUUGAUAACCGGAGCUCAGGCGAAAGCAACGACCGCCUCUGCCGACGACGCCAUGCUCUGCAAGCCAAAAACUUUGGAUCAUUCUAAAGUGAAUGGGAAGAUCUUGGUUUGCUUGACAGGGGGCUCUUCGAGAAUUGACAAAGGAAUGCAAGCCGUCCUCGCCGGUGCUGUCGGAAUGAUUCUUUGCAACGAUAGGUUUAGUGGAUUUAAAAUCAUCGCCGAUCUCCAUGUUCUUCCAGCUUCCCAUAUCAAUUACAAUGACGGCCAAGCUGUUUUCUCGUACAUCAAUUCUUGGAAAAAUCCGAUGGGAUAUUUGAUUCCGCCGUCGUCCAAAGUUAAUACCAAACCUUCUCCGACAAUGGCGGCUUUCUCAUCCAGAGGGCCCAACAUGGUUUCACCGGAAAUUAUCAAGCCGGACGUGACAGCGCCGGGAGUGAACAUAAUCGCGGCAUUCUCCGGCGCUGUGAGCCCAACAAGGGAGCCAUUCGACAACAGAACAGUUCCAUACAUAACAAUGUCAGGGACCUCCAUGUCCUGUCCCCACGUCUCCGGCAUUGUCGGCCUCCUCAAAGCUCUCCACCCCGAAUGGAGCCCUGCCGCCAUCAAAUCCGCCAUAAUGACCUCUGCCAUAAUUAGCGACAACACAAUGAACCUCAUCCUCGAUGGCGGCUCCCCUAUGUUUGCUCCAGCCACCCCCUUCAUAUAUGGGUCAGGGCACAUCCACCCCACUGGCGCCAUCGACCCCGGCCUCGUCUACGACCUCUCCCCCAACGAUUACUUAGAAUUCCUCUGUGCCAGUGGCUACAAGGAGAAGAACAUUCGAGUAUUCGCCGAUGAAAAUUUCAAGUGCCCUAUUUCUUGUUCUAUUUUUAACUUUAAUUACCCUUCCAUUGGGGUUCAAAACUUGACUGGGAGUGUCACCCUUAAAAGAAGGCUGAAGAAUGUUGGCAGGCCGGGGGUUUAUAGAGUCAGAGUUCGACAGCCGGAAGGAGUUAAGGUUUCAGUGAAGCCAAGGGUUCUGAAGUUUUGGAAGAUUGGAGAGGAGAAGAGGUUUGAAUUGACAAUGACCGGAGCUAUGGCGGAGGGUCAAAUUGGUUAUGGUACGCUAAUUUGGACCGACGGCAAGCACUUUGUUAGGAGUCCAAUUGUGGUUUCUUCGGGCCUUUUUUGA